AUGUUCAAUUCUACUGCUACAAAUUCUUCCAAUGCGUGUAUAACUCUUCCACCACUUUUGAAUUUGGUGUCACCUUUUACCUCUUCAUAUCAAAACACAAGCCUUCCACCGCUUCCUGACGUGCUGUCAAAUCCUACUACUGCAGUUCUCUUGCCCAAUACAUCUAGUACAACCCUGUGUCUCACAAGACGCAACUGCCAUAACACAUUUGAACAUACUCAGAGUCUGGAGUCAAAGGGAGACAAGAUUUCUUUGCCAUCAGUUUCAGAGAUCACCACUGGUACAUUCCUUGAGUACAAUGGUAUUAGUCAGAAGUAUAGUACGACAACGCAUCCGUUUCAAUGCACAAAUUGUAGCAGAAGAUUCAGAUGGGAGUAUCAUUUGACGGCACAUUCCAGAACUCAUCAGGCAGAUCCAAAAAGAUAUUGCUGUCUUAACUGCCCAGCUGGAAAAAUAUUCGCUAGCAAGAAAGGUCUAGCUCAACAUUUGAAUACAAAACUACACAACUCUAAAUAUUCAACCCAAUUACGAAUGAAGAACAUGAAAUGCUCUGUCAGUCAUGAAUUGAAUGACAAUUAUGAUGAUUCAUACUCACUAGCAGUCAAAUAA